GAGGGUCUUGGAUCCUUUUAAACCCCUGUCCUGCCUUUCGCUUCAUUUAGUCGCACAAGCCUCUCAAACGCCGCUAUACUUACUGCAUCUCCAUCGCAGCGCUGGUUUACUUUAACUUUACUUUUCGAAAGUGCAUCCUUGCCCCGCAAAUCCGUCUGCCUCCUAAGAAGCAGCUGUCAAAUUUCUCGCUGCGUUGUCAAUUAAAAACUGGGGGACGGGACCAGCUGACCUGGACAAGAGAGUCGGGUUCUUUUCAUUUACCGGCCGACUGAGAUAAGUGCUCGGUUUGACAAGCCCGGUCAUCCUAACAAGUAGACCCGAAGAGAGCGCUCUCUCCUUUUUUUAACUUCUUGCAAGUUUUGAAGUUUUGUGCGGUCCUGGCACUGCUCUGCAAAACUUUUCCCUUUUUUUUACUCACCCCCCCUUGCAUACGUUAGAUUUCUCACACUGGCCUCAGUGAUUGCAGUAUAAAAAGGGCCACCGGGGAAAGCGAAAAACAUGAUGAGCAAUAACACGUACUACGACCAGCAGCAGCUGCCUCAGUACUACCAGGGCACCGAUAACGGCGAAGAUCAGGAAGAGGAGAUGCCCGCCACGGAGAAGGACCUGGCCGAGGAUGCGCCAUGGAAGAAGAUCCAGCAGAACACAUUUACCAGGUGGUGCAACGAGCACCUCAAAUGCAUCAACAAGAGGAUCAACGACCUCCAGAAAGACCUCAGCGAUGGCCUCAAACUGAUCGGUUUACUGGAGGUUUUGAGCCAAAAGAAAAUGUACAGAAAGUACCACGCGAGACCCAACUUCAGGCAGAUGAAACUGGAAAAUGUAUCGGUAGCCCUGGAGUUCCUGGACAGAGAGCACAUCAAGCUGGUAUCUAUAGACAGUAAGGCCAUCGUGGACGGGAACCUGAAGCUGAUCCUGGGGCUGAUAUGGACGCUGAUCCUACACUACUCCAUCUCCAUGCCCAUGUGGGAGGACGAGGACGACGAGGACGCCAGGAAACUCACUCCCAAGCAGCGUCUUCUGGGCUGGAUCCAGAACAAGGUCCCUCAGCUCCCCAUCAAUAACUUCCACCGGGACUGGCGGGACGGCAAAGCUCUGGGUGCUCUGGUGGACAACUGCGCCCCUGGCCUCUGCCCAGACUGGGAGACUUGGGACCCCAACCAGCCUGUGGAGAAUGCCCGGGAGGCCAUGCAGCAGGCUGACGAUUGGCUGGGGGUGCCACAGGUCAUCGCACCAGAAGAGAUAGUGGAUCCAAAUGUGGACGAGCAUUCGGUCAUGACCUAUCUGUCCCAGUUCCCCAAAGCCAAGCUUAAACCCGGGGCCCCUUUGCGUGCCAAGCAACUGUAUCCCAAGCAGGCCAAGGCCUAUGGACCAGGUAUCGAGCCACGUGGCAAUGUGGUGAUGAAGCCAGCUGAAUUUAUCGUGGAGACUGUUGAGGCUGGGCUGGGAGAGGUCAUUGUGUACGUGGAGGACCCUGAAGGACACACGGAAGAGGCCAGAGUUAUCCCUAACAAUGACAAGAAGAGGACCUACUCUGUCGCCUAUGUUCCCAAAGUGGAGGGUCUUCACAAGGUGAAGGUGCUCUUUGCAGGGCAAGACAUUGACAGAAGCCCCUUUAUGGUUCACGUGUCCAAAGCUUUGGGCGACUCCAACAAGGUGUCGGUUCGCGGGUCGGGCCUCGACCCUGUAGGGAACGUCGCCAACAAGCCGACCUACUUCGACAUCUAUACCGCAGGGGCUGGGGCCGGAGAUGUCGGCGUGGUCAUCGUGGACUCGCAGGGCCGGAGGGACACAGUAGAGAUCGUCCUGGAAAACAAAGGCGACAGCAUCUUCCGCUGCACCUACCGGCCCAUGCUGGAAGGUCCACAUACCAUCUACGUCACAUUCGCAGGCCAGCAGAUUCCCAAAAGCCCCUUUACUGUCCACAUCUCAGAAGCUCCAUACAGCGCCCUGCCCUCCGGCUCCCCGGUUCAGAUAGUCCCCCAGUCAAUUCGCACACCGCCCACAGACAAGGCCAAGAAAAUGCCUCCCCCAACACCGCCCAAACCCAGGCGACCAACCAGCAACCCAAACGCGUGCCGGGCCAUGGGACGAGGGCUCCAGCCAAAGGGCGUCCGGGUGAAGGAGUUCGCCGACUUCAGGGUGUUCACCAAGGGAGCCGGCACUGGAGACAUCAGGGUCCUUGUCAGGGGACCAAGAGGAGCCGAGGAACCCGUCAAGGUGCAGGAGGUCGGAGAUGGCGUAUUCGAGUGCGAAUACUACCCGGUCAUGCCAGGAAAGUAUACUGUCACCAUCACCUGGGGAGGACACACAAUCCCACGCAGCCCGUUUGAGGUUCUGAUCAGUGAGGAGGCGGGGCAACAGAAAGUCCGAGCCUGGGGUCCUGGCCUGGAGACGGGAAUGGUGGGAAAAUCAGCUGACUUUGUGGUGGAAGCCAUCGGAACAGAAGUGGGAACUCUGGGCUUUUCCAUUGAGGGACCAUCCCAAGCCAAGAUCGAGUGUGACGACAAGGGCGACGGCUCCUGCGAUGUGUCCUAUUGGCCGACAGAACCGGGCGACUACGCCGUGCACGUUAUCUGCGAUGACGAAGACAUCAAAGACAGUCCCUUCAUGGCUCAUAUCCUACCUGCUGCCAACAACGUCUUCCCAGAGAAGGUAAAAGCAUAUGGUCCAGGCCUGGAGCCCACGGGCUGCAUCGUGAACAAGUCUGCCGAGUUCACCAUCGACGCCCGUCGCGCUGGGAAAGGGCAGCUGAAAAUCUACGCCCAGGAUGCAGAAGGCUUCCCUAUUGACAUUCAGAUCAUGGAUAAUGGGGACAGCACGUUCUUUUGUGUCUACAUCCCAACCAAGCCACUCAAGCACACCAUCAUCAUCACAUGGGGAGAGGUCAACGUUCCCAACAGCCCUUUCAGGGUGACCAUUGGAGAAGGUAGUCACCCAGAGAAUGUGAAAGUAUAUGGACCAGGGGUGGAGAAGGCAGGGCUAAAAGCCAACGAGCCUACCUAUUUCACCGUGGACUGCAGUGAAGCUGGACAGGGCGACGUCAGCAUUGGGAUCAAGUGUGCUCCUGGUGUUGUUGGACCAGCUGAGGCUGACAUCGACUUCGACAUCAUCAAGAACGACAAUGACACUUUCACUGUCAAAUACACCCCUCCCGGCCCUGGUCGUUACACCAUAAUGGUCCUGUUUGCUGACCAGGAAAUUCCCAUCAGCCCCUUCCGCAUCAAAGUGGAUCCCUCCCACGAUGCUGCUAAGGUGAGGGCAGAAGGCCCUGGACUGAACAAGACAGGUGUGGAGGUGGGCAAGCCGACGCAUUUCACGGUGUACACUAAAGGCGCUGGCAAAGCCAAGCUCGACGUCCACUUUACCGGCGCUGCCAAGGGAGACGCCGUGCGGGACUUUGAGAUCAUUGACAACCAUGACUACUCCUACACUGUGAGGUACACAGCUGUGCAGCAGGGAAAUAUGACCAUCGCUGUCUCACACGGAGGUGAUCCCAUUCCCAAGAGCCCGUUCAGCAUCACUGUCGCCCCUCCUUUGGAUCUCAACAAGGUCAAAGUUCAAGGCCUCAGCAACAAAGUGGAUGUUGGCAAGGACCAGGAGUUUGCAGUCAACACAAGGGGCGCUGGAGGGCAGGGAAAAGUAGAUGUGAAGAUCACAUCCCCCUCACGACGGCCAAUCCCGUGCAAGGUGGAAUCAGGCACGGCCAAUGACAUUCACUCUGUGAAGUACAUCCCUCCUGAGGAGGGUCCCUACAAGGUUGACAUCAGCUAUGAUGGAAAUCCAUUACCCGGCAGUCCCUUUGCUGUGGAAGGGGUCAUGCCCCCUGACCCAUCAAAGGUACGUGCAUAUGGCCCAGGAUUGAAAGGAGGCAUUGUGGGUAAACCAGCCCCAUUUGCUAUUGACACAAAGGGGGCAGGCACAGGUGGGCUGGGCCUAACAGUGGAGGGGCCUUGCGAGGCGAAGAUCGAGUGCCAGGACAAUGGCGAUGGCUCCUGCUCCGUGUCCUACCUGCCCACCGAACCCGGCGAAUACUCCAUCAACAUCCUCUUUGCCGAGGCCCACAUUCCUGGCUCUCCAUUCAAAGCGCUGGUCCAGCCGGUCUUCGACCCCAGCAAGGUGACGGCCAGCGGGCCGGGCCUGGAGCGGGGCAAGGUCAACGAGGCGGGCUCCUUCACUGUGGACUGCUCCAAGGCUGGAGAAGCUGAGCUCACCAUUGAGAUAAUAUCAGACUCUGGGUCCAAGGCCGAGGUACACAUUCAGAAGAACAGUGAAGGCACAUACUCCAUCACCUACAUCCCUUCCUUCCAUGGGAUGUACACCAUCACAAUCAAAUAUGGAGGACACGCUGUGCCCAAUUUCCCUGCCCGACUCCAGGUGGAUCCUGCCAUCGACACCAGUGGAGUGAAGGUCUAUGGACCAGGCAUUGAACCCAGAGGGGUGCUCCGGGAGGUCACCACGCACUUCACCGUCGAUGCUCGCGCCCACAGCAAGGUUGGGGGCGGGCAUGUGAAAGGCCGGAUCGUUAACCCGUCAGGAAACAACACCGACAUUUACAUUACCGACAAGGGAGAUGGGACUUACAGGCUGGAGUACACAGCUUACGAAGACGGCAUGCACCUGAUUGAGAUCCUGUAUGAUGACAUUGCGGUUCCCAAGAGUCCCUUCAGGGUGAUGGUCACUGAGGGCUGUGACCCAACACGCGUGCGGGCAUACGGUCCCGGAUUGGAAGAGGGACUGGUUAACAAGCCCAACCGAUUUACCGUGGAAACAAGAGGUGCAGGGACUGGAGGGCUGGGUUUGGCCGUUGAGGGACCAUCUGAGGCCAAGAUGUCCUGCAAGGACAACAAAGAUGGCAGCUGCAGCGUGGAGUACAUCCCGUUUACCCCCGGGGACUAUGACGUCAAUAUCACUUUUGGAGGACAUCCCAUACCUGGAAGUCCCUUCCGUGUUCCGGUCCGGGAGCUGGUGGACCCCAGCAAGGUGAAAUGCUCCGGCCCUGGGCUGGGGAACGGCGUGAGGGCGCACAUACCCCAGACGUUCACCGUGGACACCAGCAAAGCCGGCCUGGCCCCCCUCGAGGUGCUGCUUUAUGGGCCAACUGGGGCAGCCGAACCCGUUAGCAUCAAAGAGAACGGCGAUGGCACGCACACGGUCACCUACACGCCUGCCAAGGACGGGCCUUACACUGUGUCGGUUAAAUAUGCCGACCAGGAGGUUCCUCGUAGUCCGUUUAAGAUCAAAGUGCUUCCCGCUCACGAUGCCAGCAAGGUGCGCGCCAGUGGCCCCGGGCUUAACGCCUCCGGCGUGCCCGCCAGCCUGCCCGUCGAGUUCACCAUCGACGCACGGGACGCUGGAGAAGGACUGCUCACCGUGCAGAUUCUGGACCCCGAGGGAAAGCCAAAGAAAGCCAACAUCCGGGAUAACAGAGAUGGAACCUACACGGUGUCCUACGUGCCAGACAUGACGGGACGCUACACCAUCACCAUCAAGUACGGUGGAGAUGAGAUUCCAUACUCACCCUACCGCAUCCACGCCCUGCCUUCUGGGGAUGCCAGCAAAUGCCUGGUCACAGUAUCCAUUGGUGGACAUGGAUUGGGUACAGGUCUCGGACCCACCAUUCAGAUCGGGGAGGAGACUGUCAUUACAGUGGAUGCGAAAGCUGCAGGAAAGGGAAAGGUCACCUGCAAGGUGUCCACGCCCGACGGUGCGGAGCUGGAUGUGGACGUAGUGGAGAACUCCGACGGCACCUUCGACAUCUACUACACGGCCCCAGAGCCGGGGAAAUACGUCAUCACCAUUCGCUUCGGCGGGGAGCAGAUUCCCAACAGCCCCUUCCAUGUGGUGGCAUGUGACACCAUCCCUAUAAUCGAGGAACCAUGUGACAAGCUACAGUUACAUCAGCCCUACGCACCCUACCAGGGCUACCCCCCCCACUGGGCCACGGAGGAACCGACUGUCCCCGCUGAGGGCGCAGAGCCCUUGCUCCGACCUUUCAAUCUAGUCAUACCCUUCACAGUACAGAAGGGCGAGAUCACAGGUGAAGUUCGCAUGCCAUCUGGCAAGACGGCUCGUCCCCAUAUCACCGACAACAAGGAUGGCACAGUGACGGUGAGGUAUGCCCCAUCAGAGAAGGGCCUACAUGAGAUGGACAUCAAGUAUGACUGCAACCACAUACCAGGAAGCCCUUUGCAGUUCUAUGUGGACGCCAUCAACAGUGGUCAUGUGACGGCCUACGGGCCGGGCCUGAGCCACGGUGUGGUCAACAAGCCUGCCACGUUCACCAUCGUCACCAAGGAUGCUGGAGAAGGUGGUCUGUCACUGGCUGUGGAGGGUCCAUCCAAGGCAGAGAUCACAUGCAAGGACAACAAAGAUGGCACCUGCACCGUGUCCUACAUGCCUACUGCGCCUGGAGACUACAACAUCAUCGUCAAGUUCGAUGACAAGCAUAUCCCAGGCAGUCCAUUCAUGGCUAAGAUUACAGGCGAUGACUCUAUGAGAACUUCGCAGCUCAAUGUCGGCACGGCAACUGACGUCUCUCUGAAGAUCACAGAAACAGAUCUCAGCUCGCUUACAGCGAGCAUCCGAGCUCCAUCGGGCAACGAGGAGCCAUGUCUUCUUAAAAGACUCCCCAAUCGCCACAUUGGUAUCUCCUUUACUCCUAAGGAAGUGGGUGAACAUGUAGUGAGCGUGAAGAAGAGUGGAAAGCAUGUGACCAACAGCCCUUUUAAGAUCAUGGUGGGCCAGUCUGAGAUCGGGGACGCCAGUAAGGUCAAGGUGUUCGGCAAGGGUCUGACGGAAGGCCACACCUUUGAAGUGGCCGAGUUCAUUGUAGACACAAGGAACGCAGGAUAUGGAGGACUGGGAUUGUCAAUCGAGGGUCCGAGCAAAGUGGACAUAAACUGUGAGGAUGUGGAGGACGGGACGUGCAAGGUGACCUACUGCCCCACAGAGCCUGGCAACUACAUCAUCAACAUUAAGUUUGCAGACCAGCACGUCCCAGGAAGUCCGUUCACGGUGAAGGUGACGGGAGAGGGAAGGAUGAAGGAGAGCAUAACCAGGAAGAGACAGGCCCCUUCAAUCGCCACAGUGGGCAGCACAUGUGACCUCAACCUCAAAAUCCCAGGGAACUGGUUUCAGAUGGUGUCGGCUCAGGAGCGCCUGACGCGCACCUUCACGCGCAGCAGCCACACGUACACGCGCACCGAGCGCACCGAGAUCAGCAAGACGCGCGGUGGUGAGACCAAGCGAGAAGUGCGCGUGGAGGAGAGCACGCAGGUCGGCGGGGACCCCUUCCGCGACGUCUUCGGGGAGUUCCUGGGCCGAGAGAGCUUGGGUACCUUCAGUGGGAUGCCUCCCCGGCAAGAGGGUGAAGCAGGACCCCAAGAGAUGACGGCCCAGGUGACCAGCCCUGGGGGCAAGACAGAGGAUGCGGAGAUCAUAGAAGGCGAGGACAGCACCUACAGCGUGCGCUUCGUGCCCCAGGAAAUGGGCCCCCACACGGUCAACGUGAAAUACAGGGGCCAGCAUGUGCCGGGGAGUCCCUUCCAGUUCACCGUGGGGCCCCUCGGGGAGGGUGGGGCCCACAAGGUCCGAGCAGGAGGCACAGGACUGGACCGGGGUGUGGUUGGUGUUCCUGCUGAAUUCAGCAUCUGGACACGGGAGGCUGGCGCAGGGGGGCUGUCCAUCGCCGUGGAGGGCCCGAGCAAAGCAGAGAUCUCCUUUGAGGACAGAAAGGAUGGCUCCUGUGGGGUCUCCUACAUCGUCCAGGAGCCGGGUGACUACGAGGUGUCCAUCAAAUUCAACGAUGAGCACAUACCCGACAGCCCCUUCAUCGUGCCCAUCGCCAGCGUGUCAGAUGAUGCACGGAGGCUCACUGUCACCAGCCUGCAGGAGAUGGGUCUCAAGGUGAACCAGGAGGCCUCGUUCGCAGUGCAGCUGAACGGGGCAAGGGGCGUCAUCGACGCCAAGGUGCAUAUGCCCUCGGGAGCCGUCGAGGAGUGCUACGUCACCGAGCUGGAUAGCGACAAGUACGCGAUCCGCUUCAUCCCGCGGGAGAACGGAAUCCACUCCAUUGACGUCAAGUUCAACAGCAGCCACAUACCAGGCAGCCCUUUCAAGAUCCGUGUUGGGGAGCCAGGCCAGGCUGGGGACCCUGGGAUGGUGUCUGCGUUCGGGCCUGGAUUGGAGGGGGGCACCACAGGCGUGUCCUCAGAAUUCAUCGUGAACACUUGCAACGCCGGAUCCGGCGCCCUGUCCGUCACCAUCGACGGGCCCUCCAAGGUGAAGAUGGACUGUAUCGAGUGUCCUGAGGGCUACAAGGUCACAUACACGCCGAUGGCUCCUGGGAACUACCUGAUCUCUAUAAAGUAUGGAGGACCACAGCACAUAGUGGGCAGUCCCUUCAAAGCUAAAGUCACAGGGGCGCGACUGUCGGGGGGCCACAGCUUGCACGAGACCUCGUCGGUGCACGUGGAGACGGUCAGCAAGACGUCCUCGGUGGCCGGGGCCUACGGCUCAAUGCCCAAGUUCUCCUCGGACGCCAGCAAGGUGGUGUCCCGGGGCGCGGGGCUCUCCAAGGCCUUCGUAGGACAGAAGAACACCUUCACCGUAGACUGUUCCAAAGCAGGCACAAACAUGCUCAUGGUGGGUGUGCACGGGCCGAAGACCCCGUGCGAAGAAGUGUACGUCAAACACAUGGGCAACAGGAUGUACAACGUCACGUAUACGGUGAAGGAGAAGGGGGACUACAUCCUCAUAGUCAAAUGGGGAGAUGAGAACGUUCCGGGCAGUCCCUUCCACGUCACUGUACCGUAAAAUCACCCCCCAACCCCCAAAAUGUCCAGAAAUCCCAAAGGACAGACUUCCAUAAAACUGAACCAAAAGAAACAUGUUUAUCUCACUGGGAUAAGAAUCUGAGAAGCCGUAGUAAAAUUUUAGUAUUAACUUAAUUUUUAGGGCUUGUUCGGUAUGACAUCAUACCAACAACCCCAUGGAUUUUUUCCUCCUUAUUUUGUAACGUCAGCCUUCAAAGCGUUCUUUCCUUUUAUGAUAUUUUUGUAUGUUUUAUAGAAUGCGCAGUGGGGAAAUAGUGAUUUUAUUUUUUUUCCUUCCUGUACUGCCCAUCUCCGAGGCCCCUGAUUCUUGUAGUUCUAGGCCACACCUUUUUUACAGUCCUUAAAGGAAACUCAACCACAAAGUGCCUUUUUUUGCUAAGCCACGUUACAAAACACAGGCCAAUAUCAAUCAAGAGAAGAUCACUUUUGACUAUCAGUAAAAAUUUGGAUUUAUUUAUUCUUUUUCUUUGGCUUGUAUAUGACAAGAAUUUGUCUUAUUUUUUUGACCGAGAAAAAAAAACUGAUCAGACUGGUAGGUUUUUCUGUGGUGUAACAGCCCAGGGUGAAGGAUUGAUUUGUACCAUUUUGAUUGAUUUUGUACCAUUUAAAAAAAAUGUAGGGAUGGUUGGUCACGCGAAUGUUAAAACACAGACGGUGCCAUUAAACAGUGUUAGAGAGUGACAUUUUAUAGUGUUUUGUAUGUAUUAAAAAUGAAAAGAAAUUCUAAUUGUUUGAUAUAUUAACCUGCUGUUUGGUAAGACUCUGCAGACUUAAUAAAGAUUUAACUGCUAACUUGCCACAAAAAGCACAA